CAUUCUUUUAUUCUUAUGUUUCAGUUGUUUUAUUCAUUUUUCAAAUCCCUGGUUGGGAAAGAUGUUGUUGUGGAGUUAAAGAAUGAUCUCAGUAUCUGUGGAACACUGCACUCAGUUGAUCAGUAUCUAAACAUCAAGCUGACAGACAUAAGUGUCACUGACCCAGAGAAAUAUCCACACAUGCUCUCUGUGAAGAACUGCUUUAUCCGGGGCUCAGUAGUGCGUUAUGUACAACUCCCAGCUGAUGAGGUGGACACCCAGCUGCUGCAGGAUGCGGCAAGAAAAGAAGCAAUGCAGCAGAAGCAGUGAGAUUAAACUGCAGUGUGGACACUAUUGGGAAACGGGCGGGAUGGAACGCACCAGUUCGGGAACUUAUACUGAAACUCAGCUGCCAAGUACCAAACCAGAAAGUGAAAUUGAAUCAAAUUUCUAUUUACACAUCAUUGUCAGUAAAUUGGUUGUGUUUAUUCCUUUCUCUUUUUUUUCUCUGAUGAGGUGUCAGGUAGAUUAGGCCUCGUCUCGACCAUGUUACAUUGCCACAGAAAGGACACAGUUGUGUUUUUCUCUCUUUUCUACCCCUGUCCUAUUGCACAGUGAUGUAGCUGAGUCAGGAUAGCAGUGGUAUCCAGUGCUGUUCUUUCAAUCUCUGAUUGAAUCAGGAGAGUGCAUCAUUUCCUGCGUGUGAAUUUCAACUAACUUUCCCUGAGUUCCGCUGUGACCAAUGUCAAUUUCUUCCCUUUUGAUUUUCAUCUCUUAAAAUUGUUUGGAACUGUUUUUUGGUUUUGCAAUCUGUUUGAAAAUGUGUUCUUAGUCCCUUUUGAACUUGCAUCAGACUUGAAGAAUGAUUUGAUUUGUCACAUUUUUUCCAGAAUUGUGCUGAGCAACUAAGUUGGGAUAUUACCCAUAUAGCUCAAUACCUUACCUGUUUUACAAUUUUAACAGGUAGCUGAGAGCCAUGUGCCCAUUCAGAGGCUUGUUUGGUAGCUGAAAUGCAGGACAGGAGAUCCAAACACUGGGUAGCUGUGCUAGACAAACCCGAUAAAUUAGCAGAAUUACAGGAUCUUGUAUUAAUUAAUUGCAAAUGAUCGAGGCUCAACUUUGGAAGUGAUCUUAUUAUGUGACUAAUACUUGGUGCGUUGGAAAAUGCACCUUGAUAACUUUUCCUGUUUGUUGUUUGCUCCUUAAGCAGUGCAUUGGAGAUGAGUGAACUAACUCAAUUUGUCUGACUGGAGGUACAGUUUUUUUUUAAGGAUGUAUUAAUCUGGUAUUUUUGUUGCAAAGAAAGUUGAAAAGCCUUUUGAUUUUGUACUGUACAGCUGGGCAACCAAUGUGUUUUGAAGUAUUGUGAUGUAACAUCACGACAGAAUUAAAAAGAAGUUCAGAACAUAA